AUGGCUCUGCUGCUGGCAGCGGCACAAGUGCUGCUGCUCCUGGGCCUGCCUGGGGCCUCCCAGUGCCUCUGCUCGCCCACUGCCUUCUACAAGAACUGCUGGAUCCGGCGCUUCCCGGGGCUGCUGGUGGACGUGCAGGAGUCGCGGCGCAGGGGAGCGCAGCUGCUGAGGGGGUACGCGGCAAUCUCCCCGCAGCAGUGCAGCAGGACCUGCUGCCUGCUGAGCAACGUCUCCUGCAAUCUAGCAGUGUUCUACCAUGGAGCUAUUCAUGAGAACAGGAACUGCCUGCACAUGUCUUGCCCAGCUUUGGAAAGCUGCAUUCUAAAGGCUGGAGUUGAUGUCAUUUUGUACAACAUCACAACAGGGAUUGAUCCAGAUCUUCUCAUUUUUGAGAAACUGAAAUCCCAAGAACCAAAUGCUUACUCCUCAGCAAGUAAAUCUGAGAGGCAGCACAGCACAAAGACCCCUGAGGGGGGAAGAUGCCAACAUCCCAAUGCCACCACAUCAGGUUCUCCUCUGCUCCGAGCUCCACCUGCUGCCAACAGCCAUGCAAGGACUCCCACCCCCAGCUGGAGUCUGACAGAGCAGAGAACUGAAGGUAGUGCCCCCUCCAGGGCAGAAACUUCCCCAGCAGCCAUUGCUUUUGAUAAGAGGACAAGCAGCAGGUCGAUCACCAGCUCAGACAAGACUGCACACUCAGCUUUGAGCCCCAAGCCUGCCCAGGUGUUAUCCCACGUGCCCACCCCUCCUCGCCUGAACAGCAGCAAGCAACACCUCAAUGAAACCAAAGGCUACAGUGGCAGGAAUUCCACGUCAGAUAACGAGGCAGCUGCCUGGGAAGCUGCAGCUUUGGGGGUCUGGCUGAUUCCUGUUGUCCUUUGCUCCUCUCUGCUCUGCCUGUGCUGUUGCACUGUUGCCCUCACAGCCGGACGCUGCGGCUGCAGGAGGGGUCACUAUAAACCCGUAAGGACAAGAACAACCAUGUCCAGACAGCUCAUAAAAUAUGCUCCUGUCAGAGGUAAUCUGUGAAACACCAUCCUGGCUCUAGAACAAACAGGAUUUUUAAAAUGCACCCCAUACACCAGCUUACUUCUCUCACAGAAGCAGUGAUAGCUUAGUUCAGAAUAUUUUGGUAAUGAUUUAAUUCUCAGCAGAUGAAGCACAACUCCUUGUCUCUUUAGGUAGGAAACACCCACUCACAGCUCCCACUGUUUGAAGCAUUUUGGUUCAUAAUCUGGUGCAGAUUAAUGCCUGACAAACACUGUAAUACUUUCCCCCAGGUUCAGUGCAGCUGCAGUGUUGGCAUGUCUGUGUGGCAGAGAAUUAUUUAACUGGAUGAGAAAUCCUGCCAUGGUUAUUUUUGUACUUGUCUAUUUGCUACUGAAUGAAUAAACAUCCCAUGUAAUGCAGGAAUACAGAAGUGACUUAUAAAAUUGUCUUUUUGUUUGAAAUGGUCAAAAUGAUCAUGUUUACUGGCAAAGAAA